CACGUGUUACGCGCCCGUGAUACCCACCUCCCGUUGACGGCGGCUGCUCAUUGCUACGUUCACACGCACACAUACGCGCGGUAGCUACGCGUCAUAAGUACGGUGAAACGCCGCUGCAACAGUCAGACUGUGUCUCGGAGCAGCGUGGAUCGGCACGUAUCGCGUAUAUUUGAGCGAGUGACAUUUCGCUUCCAUUUUUAUUUCAUCGUCAGCUGUCGGCUAUCGCGUUCGUCGCCUAUCGGUAAUAUCCGUCUUCGAUUACUGUCUGUCUCUCUUUCUUUCACACUCCCCCUCUGUGUCUCUACAUACGUGGCGGGCAACACGUCGAUAACAUGUGCGGUAUCUUUGCUUAUCUGAACUAUUUGACACCGAAGAGCAGGAAGGAAAUCUUGGAGCUGCUAGUUGGUGGUCUGAAAAGACUGGAGUACCGUGGAUAUGAUUCCGCAGGCGUCGCCCUCGACAGCGCGGAUGGCAAGGACAUCUCGAUUAUUAAGAAGCAGGGAAAGGUCAAGGCUCUCGAGGAGGAAAUAUUUUGCCGUACCAAUAUUGACUUCGAGUCAAAGACUCAGUGUCACGUCGGAAUCGCUCACACGCGAUGGGCGACCCACGGUGUGCCGUCGGCGGUGAAUGCACAUCCUCAGCGUUCCGACAGCGAGCAUGCCUUCUUGGUCGUACACAAUGGUAUCGUGACAAAUUACAAGGAGGUGAAGACUUUGCUGCAACAGAGAGGAUAUGUGUUUGAAAGCGAUACCGAUACGGAGGUGAUCGCGAAACUGAUCCACCAUCUCUGGGUACAACAUCCCGCGUAUUCAUUCCGCGAGCUCGUCGAGCAGGUCGUCCAGCAAUUGGAGGGAGCUUUCGCUCUUUGCUUCAAGAGCAAGUAUUUCCCGGGCGAAUGUGUGGCCACGAGGCGAGGUUCGCCGCUUCUUGUCGGUAUCAAGACGAAAACGAGACUGGCGACGGAUCACGUACCUAUUUUGUACGGGAAAGACGACCUUCAACGCGCGAACAAAGAAGGCGAAGCACCGUCUCAAGACCAUCGUCCGCACGGUAGAAAUCCCGAACUUCCAGUGAUGCCACGCAGCGAGAGCACAUCCGAAUUUCAACCUCUGGAAGACAAAGAGGUGGAAUAUUUCUUCGCUUCCGAUGCGAGCGCUGUAAUCGAACACACGAAUCGUGUGAUAUUUCUAGAGGACGACGAUGUAGCGGCCGUCAAGGAAGGCGCUCUGAGUAUCCAUCGCCUACGUCGUUGCAUGGACGAUCCUCAUGCGCGCGAAAUCACAACGCUCAAGAUGGAGAUUCAGCAAAUUAUGAAGGGCAAUUACGAAUACUUUAUGCAGAAAGAGAUCUUUGAGCAACCAGAGUCGGUGGUGAAUACUAUGAGAGGAAGACUCAAUUUUCAGGACAAUUCAGUCACUCUGGGCGGAAUUAAGGAUUACAUCCCGGAGAUCAAGAGAUGCCGGCGCCUUAUGUUGAUUGGUUGCGGCACGAGCUACCAUUCUGCCAUAGCCACGCGACAGCUCCUCGAGGAACUGACAGAGUUGCCGGUGAUGGUCGAGCUCGCAUCCGACUUUCUCGACCGUAACACGCCAGUCUUUAGGGACGACGUUUGCUUCUUUAUUUCGCAAUCAGGUGAGACGGCCGAUACGUUAAUGGCACUGCGUUAUUGCAAAAGUCGUGGUGCUCUAAUCGUGGGUAUCACCAACACCGUCGGUAGCAGCAUUUGCCGCGAGUCCCACUGUGGCGUGCACAUUAACGCCGGUCCCGAAAUCGGUGUAGCCAGCACCAAGGCUUACACCUCGCAAUUCAUCUCUCUUGUAAUGUUCGCUCUGGUGAUGAGCGAAGACAGAAUCUCCCUUGGUUCGAGACGUCAACAGAUUAUCGAAGGUUUGAAGAAUUUGGACAAUCUUAUUCGCGAGGUAUUGAAGCUCGAUGACAAAGUCAAGGAAUUGGCCAAGUCAUUGUUUCAACACAAGUCUCUGUUGAUAAUGGGUCGUGGAUACAAUUUCGCUACCUGUAUGGAAGGAGCGCUCAAAGUAAAAGAGUUGACGUAUAUGCACAGCGAAGGUAUUAUGGCUGGUGAAUUAAAGCACGGUCCUUUAGCUCUCGUCGACGACUCCAUGCCGGUAAUUAUGAUCGUGAUGAGAGACCCGGUAUACGUGAAAUGCAUGAACGCGCUACAGCAAGUUACCGCGCGAGAUGGCAAACCGAUCGUUAUUUGUGAGGAGGGAGACGAGGAAACGAAAUCAUUCGCCGACAGGGCACUCGAAGUACCCAAGACGGUAGAUUGUCUACAAGGAAUUCUCACCGUUAUUCCCAUGCAACUGCUGUCCUUCCAUAUUGCGGUUUUGCGUGGUUGCAACGUCGACUGUCCGAGAAAUCUGGCCAAGUCGGUGACGGUCGAAUAGAGAUCGAACGAAUUGUUCUUUGUCGACUUUUCUCGUUUCACGAGACCGCCGGUGUUUCUGUGGAAUCGUGGAGCCUCGUCGAGAAUAGUAGAUGAGAGCGAAAAGACAAGAAAUUGUUAUUAUCGGAAUAUACUAUGCUGCUUAUACCAUUUCGAUCUUUUAAAUCGUUGCUUACUUUAUGUUUUAUGACGAUGAAUAAGUGAAUCGUUAAGCGCGAAAGAUUAAACUCUCUCGUGAUUCUUGUACUACAAUAGCAAAACAUUCGUCGCGCAUUGUCGCACAUUCUGUGAAAUUUUCGGAAGCGGCAAUCGAUUUAUUUACUCUCUGCAUCACAUAGUAUAACGCUCGAUACAUACGUCCCUUUUCGUCAGUGAUAUUGUACAGAAAAAUUCCCAAACACGUAUGAUUCUAUCGCAUUUAAUGUGUGUAUUUUAAUUCGCGUAUAGUCUAAGUGCAAUCACAGGCGAAUAAAUGCGUUUAAUUCAAGGGGUAAGAUGUGACUCACUUAUCUUCAUGAUUGAGCUAAUACGUUCGCUAUGCUACAUUUCGCAAAUUCUUCCACCCCAAACUAUAUUUAUAAUAUGUAUGCUUUCUUUGUCAUCAUUAUUAUUAUAUAUAAAGAGAAAUGUCAAAAUAUUUUUUAAUUUGUAUCACGUACGUGUGAUUUUAAUCUAUCAUGACAAGACAAGUCGCACAUAUGUGACGCUGGUAGCGAACGUGCUAAUUAAACUUUUGACCGAUAUUUGGGUAAAUCUUGACAUAUGAAUGUGUCCUUUUUAUAUUAUUUGUCCGAAACAAUGGUCUUUUGCCAAUGUAUUAUUAAUCAUUACAUAUUCGUAGUAUCUUUCGGCAAACCUAAUCAUCAGGUUGAUUCAGUGUGACGCGAAAAAAGUUAUAAAAUAUAGUUUUCACAAAGAUCCAAUUACUACCUAUACAAAGGUUAACACUACGAUAGAAAAUGUGUAUUUCAAAGACAACAACGACAAUGGAUCUACAUAACACUUGGAGAAUUAAGCAUUAAUUAACUAAGUGUACGUAUGUAUAUGAAGUAUAGUGUAUGAAGUAUGUAUAUGCACGCGCGUAGUAAAUAUCAAAACAACAACAGCGAUCUUUGUACGAAAAAAUUAUACAUUCGAUGCGACUAUAUAUGACACAAGGACUGCCGACUUGUUCCUUUUCUCUCUCUUUCUUUAUUUCUCUCUCUCUCUCUCUCUCUCUCUCUCUCUCUCUCUCUCUCUCACUUAUUCACUCACAAGGUAAUAGUUAUUGCAUCAUACGCAAAUAUACAAUAAUAGUUUACUAGAAUUACAUAUACGUUCUUUUGAUAAAUUUAUCACGUCAAAUGUAAUUAAUUACGUAAGAUUAGAUUUAUAAGAUUAAUCAAAAAAUACAUGCAAUCAACGUUUCA